AGAUUUGCAUAAUAUAUAAUUUCAAACAUAGCUAUAACCAUACAUUUUGAGUGACUCUUUUUUAUUUUUGGUCAUUUUGGCAAAUUAAGUAUGUGUGACCCUUUUUUAAUUUCUCUUUAAACACCUAGGUAAUGAGGUUGGUAAGUUGUAACUAGUAAGUAACGAACUCCCUUUAAAUUUUCUUGAAUUCAUUCUAUCUUUGGUCCUUCUCUGAUGGUGAAGGAGAUGAAGGAGAUGUCGACUUUAGAUCUAAGCGGAUCGAAAAAAAGGAAGAGGAAUAUAAAUGAGAAGGUGUUUAAGUUCAAGAAUUUUGGUGAACAAGGGUUUCCUAUAGAGUUUAUAGGGUGCAAUUUUGAGCAAAAUGUUAAGCUUCUUUUGGAAUUUGCACAACAAGAAAAUGUUAGUAUUUGGUCAUUUCAGCUAGAAGUUCAUAGACAUCCACCAAUGCAUGUGGUUCUCUUUGUUGUUGAAGAACAAGUUGAGUUGUCCCUCAAUCCCAAUUGCAAGCAUUGUCAAUAUAUAGGCUGGGGCAACCAUCUAAUGUGCAACAAGAAGUACCAUUUCAUGUUGCCCACAAAGGACACAAUUGCAGCUUGUGUAGAGGGAGGCCUAAAAAACAAUAUUGGUGGAGAAAAUAGAAGUAAGUUGAAUUUGAUAGAAAUAGAGGGUCAUAUGAUGCAUGGUGUGUUUCACUCUAAUGGUUUUGGGCAUUUGCUUUGUAUCAAUGGCUCAUUGGAGAUUGCUUCUUCUGACUUGCCUGGUCACUCUAUCAUGGACUUUUGGGAUCGCCUUUGCAUUGGACUUGGUGCAAGGAAAGUGAGCUUAAGAGAUGUCUCAACAAAGAAAGGCAUGGAUCUAAGGCUACUCAACACAGUAGCCUAUGGUGAGCCAUGGUUUGGGCGAUGGGGUUACAAAUUUGGCCGUGGAAGCUUUGGUGUAACUCAAGAAACAUACCAAAGUGCAAUCAAUGCCAUACAAAACAUGCCAUUAGCCUUAUUGGCACAUCAUGUAGGGGUCAUAAAUAUUAAUGAGAUAUUAACGGUGUUAUCGAGGUACCAAAUGUUAUCUGGUCAUUCAUUAGUCACACUUUGUGAUGCCAUUCAUUUCAUGUUGGAGCUCAAAUCGAGGAUUCCGAAGGAAAGUAACCUUACCUCAUGUUAUCCGGGGUUAUUGGUUGACACCACUUGUAGGUGGUCACCUAAACGCGUUGAGAUGGCUAUUAGGGUUGUUGUGGAAGCCCUAAAAAGGGCCGAGUCACGUUGGGUGUCUAGGCAAGAGGUUCGUGAUGCUGCUCGUGCCUAUAUUGGUGAUACAGGGCUCCUAGAUUUCGUGCUUAAGUCAUUGGGAAAUCAUAUUGUUGGAAAGUACUUGGUUCGUCGAUGCUUAAAUCCAGUGACCAAAGUUUUGGAAUACUGUUUAGAGGACAUAUCUAAAGCAUUUCCUAAACAAGAUCAAGGUUUUAGGGUUAAUGACUCAAAAGGGAAACAACAAUACAAAAUCACAUGGGUACAACUUAUGAAGGACAUAUACUUCUUGUACAAGAAUAUUUUAAAAGAGGACAAGGGAUUAAUGUCCAAUUAUACGGGCGUCUUAGCUACAAUUCCAGCAGCUUCUAGAAUAAUCCUAGACACGAAGUACUUCCUCAAAGAAUACAAAGGGAUAGAGGCGGAUUCAAGAAUUGAAGUAGACAAAUCCAAGAUUUACUGCGCGAUUAUGUUGGCAACCAAGGAUGGAUUUGGAGUAGAAGAAAAAGUAAUGACCCCAUUUGAGUGCUUCACAUUAAGAAAAGAUGUCACAUUUGAUGAGCUCAAAAUUGAAGUGGAAAAAACUUUUGGGGCUAUUUAUCGGGGACUAAGGAACUUUGCUACAAGAUCAAUUAACAAUUUGAUGAGCCCGAUUACUGGAUCAGAAUUGGUUUUUAAUGUUAUGAAACCAGGGAGCAAAGUUGUCCUAGGAGGGGUGAUAAUGUCAAUUGAUCAUCAUCAUAAUAAUAACAAUAUUAAUGGAGGGAUAUUUGAAGGAAUUAAGAAUAAUAUUAUUGUGGAUUGUCUUUGUGGGACUAAAGAUGAAGAAGAUGGAGAAAGGAUGGUUUCAUGUGAUAUUUGUGAAGUUUGGCAGCACACUAGAUGUGUUAAUAUCCCAAAUCAUGAAGAAAUUCCAGACAUAUUUCUUUGUAAUAAGUGUGAGCAAGAUAUUUUACAAUUUCAGUCAUUACCUUAGAUGAUUUCUAUCAGCAAAAGAAAUCUUUAGAAACAAAAAUAACAUAUAUGUGUUACAACUUUUCAUGCAUUACUACUACUAUUUGAGUUUGAAGAAAUGUUUUAUUGAUAUGGGAGGUACAUUAUUACUUUCUCUCUGUUUCCCUCUUCCUUUUUUUCUGUUUCAUAUUCUC